ACCAUCACCUCACAAAAAGUUAUUCAUAGUCAUGUUAGCUUGUUAUGUGCAUGGUGUGAAGGGCGGCAGGGACCGUUGGUGGUAGAUGAAGAGUAAUUACUUGCUAUUCUGGGCUGUCUUAAAAGCAAGCGACUUCCAUCAGGCUUUGAGCUCACCGGACUUCCACACAAACAGGAAGGCAAUGUGGAAGCCCAUGGUAGAGGAAACGUGAAGAUGUGGGGAGGAGAUGGAAGGCAGUGAGGAUGAGCCAAGUGAGGACAAUGCUGCUGGUUCAGAUAAACGCUUUUCUGGGCAUUAUGAAAACUGUGAAUCAGAAGGAGAGUUUUUAUCGGAAGAAAGUCUUGCAUCAUCACCAGAAAGGAGCGAAAAGUCUAGCUGGUCAUGCAGAAGUAGAGAGGCUGCUGACUUUGAUUUGGAGGAGCCAUCAUGUGACAACCACACAGUAACAUCACAAGGGAGUCUACGGUCAGGCAGCAGAAGGUCCCUCAGAAGAGAGAACAGCAUGGCAUCUCACAGGGGACUGAGGAGGUAUGAGGAUGUGAGUCAGGAUGAUGAUGAAUUGGAUGGCAGUUCAGAAGGGGACAGGAGACACAGAGGGCGAGCUAUGUCAAGUGAAGAGGAAGUGACAGAUGAGGAUGCAGCAGAGGAGACAGUCAUUGAGACCAGUUGUGAUGAAGCCAGUUUUAAUACCUCUAUCUACUCGUACAAAGAAACUGGCAGCUCUUCAGAACUUUCAAUUGAUCCUGUAGUAUGGAAAAAGUUCAAGUUUCUCACAUCUAUAUUGAAGGAAACACAACAUAACCUGCGGGCAAUGGACGAUCUUAUCCUGGAGCACCGCAGGAUUCAGGGUCAACCAUCCACCCUACCCCACCCCUCCCACACUCUCCACCAGGGGCUUGGUGGAGGGGAGGCAAAGACAGACGAGGCCAAGCUAGAGGAGAUUCUGAGUCUCCUUCACCACCUAACUCACACACUCUCCUCCUACGAGCAACAUCCCCUUCUGGCCUCAACACCUCAAGUACAAGUGACUGGCUCACCACUACAUCCUGAUGGACCACCACCACCACCACAACCACAACCACUACCACACCAGCAGGCACUGAGCCCCUUCAGGCCAGAGAGUGGCAUGAUUGACGUCAACAUUGCACUGCAUCAUUCCUCACCACGCCAGGCCACAGCAUCUCCCUCCCAGACUCACCCACACCCCCACAUUCUCAGCCCAAACAGAGAUACUACAUUAGCUGAGAGUCAUGAAGGAAAGAGUAUUACCUUCACAUCUUCACCAGUCCACAGUGCUGGGGUGUAUAGCAGGGAGGGUGGCACAUACAGUAAUGGUCUCACACACAGCCCUCACACUGGUCCUGACUCCACUCUUGAUGCCAGGAUAAUUCAGCAACCUCACCAGGAGUCCCUCAGAAAUGUGCCCUCCUAUACAUCUCAUGGCCCAUCAAGCAGCAGGAAUAUAGAUCACAUGUCAGGGUCAUUGAUAUGCGGUGUUGAUUCCAGAGUUCACAAGAAAGAUAACAUAAAUCAGACCGAUCCACUUCUCCUGGUUCCAAGGAUGAGUGAGGAGCACCAUUCACCUCACCACACUGCAAUGGGUUGCCAAACCUAUCAGUCAGAAAGCUUUCAGGGCCAAGAAACCCUUCACCACCCACUGAUGAAGGAGACCAGAUCACUGAGGAAGGAGAUAGAUGACAUCAUGGCAAGAAAGCAGGCUCUGGACUCCCGGAUGCAGUCCCUCAUAGCACACCGGGCCAUGCAGAGAGAGCUGGAGGCUGUGCAGUUUGAUGAACCUAAGAAGAGACUCACACCACUGACCAAGAGCAAGAGUUUGGAGGACGGUGAGUUGCGGCGAUCCAAGUCAAAGCAUGGCAAGUAUAAAGCAAGGAGCAAGAGUUAUGAAGAAGAGAGUCACUUGAAAAGAAAGAGCAACUCACAGGAGGCUUAUCUCAGCAUGAUUAAUGAAAACCAGGAUGAAUUUCCAAGUCUAACCAUGGAGAGCAUAGAAAAUGAUGACAAGAUCACUGAGCUGCAGACGGAUGAAGCUGACAUACCCGGCCUGGGGGACAGCGGCCUCAGCAGUGAGAUUAAUUCUAUCAAUGCAACAAUUCAGGAACUUGUAAAAGAGAACCAGCAACUGCACAAGUUCCUUCUGGGCAUGACAAGUGAGUCUAUUCUUAAAGUUGAUCAGGAAAAACUGGCACUUGAGGCAAAACUUCAGUCCUUGGAUAAAGAGAAUGAGUCACUUAAGAUUUGUCUUGAUGAAGACAAAGAUCUGGACCAUGGGAGAGCAAAGGCCCUCAAGGGUGUCACGUUUUGCAUUAAUGAAGCCAAUGAAGAACCAAAGGAGAGUGAAAGAGAGGCAAUAGAAACUGGAGAGAGCAAAGCAAAGGAGAGAGAGAACCACGAUCAUGCCUUUGAAGUAUUAACAGCAUCACCAAAAAUGGAAGAUAUUACACAAAAGAAUAAAGAGACUGGUGGUGAACUUGAGAACAUGAUUAGUGAGGCAGCUGAUAGAACAUCACAGUCUUCAUCUCAUCAAGAGGACACAGUAAAUUCCCUUAAAUCUGAAAUUGAUCGCCUAACAAAGCAGAACCAACAGUUGGUCAAUAUAAUUGAGAAAGAGAGGCAUGUUGAGACUAGCCAGAAAGAUUCACCAAGGACACAAAAGAGCCAGAGUACAAUUGAAGAAGUAAGUGUUUCCUCCAUUGGUGAGAGUCUGACUGAGCACAGCAGCACCAUGAAGGAAUUAGACAGGCUGCAACAAAAGGUAAACAAACUUACUGAAGAAAAGAAGAUGCUUGAAUUUAAGCUGAGCAACGAAGCUUCUGAGAGAGACUUCGAGAGUACCCGACUGGAAGCUCGAAUACAAAUCCUCAGUGAUCUCAAUCAGACCUUGACACAUAAACUAAGUGACAAAAACGAUGCAGCCAAAACGGGUAAGGCAGAGAUGUGUUGCCAAACAGACACACUUGAUGGAGAGAUGGAAAGGGAAGGUGACACUAGCACUAAGUUGAACAAAACCAGUGCAACAUCAGUAGUGGAUCAGACCACCACAGUAUCACAGCAUGUAUCUAUCUCUCCCGAUAAGCAAGUAACCACCAGUGCAAGCAAAGCAUCCCUUCCAAACAGUAACAUUUCACUCCCCUUCAUCACAACCAAGAAAAAUGAAGAAUAUCCUGAUAAGAACAAUGGAAGGCUUGUAUUUCCUCUCACUGCUGAAGAAUCUCUUGCUUCUCGUCCUCAUCUCAAGGAUCUCCCUCUACACAUGUUGAGUUCAGAUGAAAAUAUUAGCACAGAUGAUGACAAAAUGAGUCUGAUAAAGACUCCUAGAGAAGACAUCCAGGCCAGUCAGCAGUCAGAGAUUUCUCCCAGGAGUGUGGUAGAACCUGGUGAUGCUCUUGGUGAAGUGUCAGAGAGGAAAGGAAAUGGAACCGUGUCAGCAGAGAGUACGAUUAGUAAGGAAUCCUCAACCUGCAGUAAGCAUUCACAGGUGCAGCAGCUGGAGGCUCUAGUGGCUCAGAACAAAGUGAUUGCCAGUAGCCUGAGUGAACUGAAGCUGUUAUCAAAGACUUCAGAAAGUAACCGAGAGUCAGCGUUCAUCAAAAUCAUGGAGGAAAAUGUUAGAGUGAUGCAAAACAUAGGGGAGAAGCUUGCCUCUGCUUCACUGCCUGCUGCCUCUGUAGAACCUGAUGCCAGACUGACUCAGCUUUCCCAAGAGAACCAGGACCUCAAGUCAUCCAUACAACAACAGCAGAAGAGAAUAGAAAUAUUGAUUAACCAGAACAGUUCUCUUGAGAAGAAGUUACAUGUUGCACAGCACAAGGGUGAAGAGGCACAGGAAGAUGCAGGAAGCUCAUCGGGUAGUGACGUGCCUCAGGUUACAGAAGAUGAGACACCUAGAGCAACAGAAGGUAAAGUGAAGAAAGGUAACAGAGUCUUCAAAGAAAUUCCAGGAGAUGUAGCUAUGGACAGUUCACCAAAUGGAAAGCAAAAGGAAGCUCUGGAGAGUUCAAGAAUGUCAGAAAUCGAGAGAAGACAGCCCACAAGACCUUCAAGCAUCGGUCAACUUUUGCCAUCAUUGCCUCAAGAUCAGUCAGGAUCAGCAUCUGUCUCACCAGACCAAGCAGGAAGCAGCAGGAGCUACGUGGAGGACACUUCCCAGCACAGUGGUGGCAGUGUAUCCAGUAGGAAGGGGUUGCCAGACAUGAGGAAUGACACUGCCAGGGAGAAAAGGAAGAGAAGCAGUGUGGUGUUGGAUCCAGAGACACAGAGGCUUCUUGAUGCUGCACUGAGGAAGGAAAAGGAAGCUAGGACUCGGGUGUUGCAAGAGGCAGAAUUAGAGAAAGAGGCACUACAGGAGCGCAUUGUGUCUUUGGUGCGGGAGAAUGACUGUCUUGCGGCAAGGCUUCAGGAGGUGGUGAGUGUCUCCAGGAACCUGAGUGGCCACAUGCACUCUGUCAAGGACCAGCUGGAGAGAGUGGAGGCUGAGAAAGACAACCUGCACAGGAAAGUGAAGUCCCUGGAGGAUGGACAGGAGGACAGUUCGCUCAGCCCCUCAGACUCCAUUGGCAGCUCUCGUCUCACUCACCGCCUCAAGGAGAGAGUUCGAAACCUUCAGGAUGAGGUGGAGCGAGGGUGGCAGGAGGCUCACCAGCGCACUGUGGAGCGGGACAAGGCUGUGGCAGAAAAGGAGAGUCUGGAGUACACUUCAAGCAUUGCCAUCAACACUGCCAGGAGGGAGGCGGAGAGUUUGAGGGAGCAGGUGGCUUCCCUCCAGGAUGAUAAGGAGAAACGCUGGCUGGAACAGACAAACUUGCAAAAUGAAUUGGAGAGAAAGUCAGUGAUAGCCAAGGCUGCCCAGGAGAGCCAAGCCAGCCAUCUGGAGAGGCUGGUAGAGGCUGAGAGGAAGAUUGAGACCCUGCAGAAUGAUCUGAAGAAGAUUGAGGAACAACUUUUGAAGGAGACAGAGUCAAGAAAAAAUGCAGUAGCAGAGCUGGAGGAGAUGAAGGCCAAGGCAAGUGAUCACAAGGAGGAGAAGGCAACCUCACAAGGAGAGCAGCACUGGGCCAACACUGUGGCUCACCUCAGGAGUCAGCUGCAGCAGGAACAGCUGCGAGCACAGCUGCUGGAGGCAGGGGAGCAGGAGAGCAGUGGUCGUAUCCUGAGUCUCCAGCAUGAGGUCCGGAAUGCUCUUCAAGCCAACCAGCAGCUCCAGGACAAGUACAACCAGCUGCGCACCGCUUACCGAGCCAAGAGAGCUGAGAAGGCCAGCCACCGGGAGCUGUCACGGCAGUACACAGCACAGGUGAAGGAGCUUGGUAAGACUACUGCUGCUCUGGAGGAAAACUUUAAGGCAAUGCUGUGCGGCCUCGGGGAAAGCAUUGAGGUGACUGUGGAGCUGCUUGCCUCCCAUGUGUUUCUGACCCCCUGCCUGAUACACCCUGGCCCAGCCCUCCACCAGGACCCGGAGGCGUGGUUUGGGGCACAGCAGGGGCGCCUCAGGUGGUUGCAGAGCCAGCUCAGGAAACUCUGUCUUCACAACUGGAAAACAGGAAACCUCCCAAGGACUUCAAACCUUGACUCAUCUCAUUUUGAUGUCUCAUUUAAGGAAAGUCAAAGUUCACCCAUUGCUGCAAAGAUACACAUAAAGGAGGGAGUAGGGCAGCAUAAGCAGGUAGCAAAGUCAUACGGGACACAACAUCCAGGAGUGAAAGUGGAUGUCCUCUCUGAGCUCUCUAUCCUGGAUGAGGGCAGGUCCUACACAAGCACACCCGUCAGGAGGAGGUCAAGUGCCUCAGAUAUCUCAUUUAGUGCUGCAUCCUCACCAAUCAAACUUGAUGUCGAGGCCAAUCAUUCUACUCCUAAACCUGUACUGCAGUUAGGGGAAGUGAAGACAGGUGUGCCUCCUCCCAGUGGCACUUUCAUAUCCAGAAUGUCCCAGAGCCCAGGAGUGCGUCAGGGCUCUGUUUAUUUGAGUGAGGCUGAACGCAUUUUGACAAGCCAACAAAAGGAACUGUCAGAAACCAAAUAUAGGCAGUACAAGGCUCUAAUUUACAGCCUACAGCAAGAUUUAGACAAAUCUACAGUUCCAUCACCAAGCAUUCCAUCCUCUUUGUUCACAACCCCAGAGAAAAAAGUUGCAAAGCUUUCUCAGGACUUACUGGAGGACAAUGACCAAGACAGUUUAUGCUCUGAGCUCUCUGUGAUGGAGGUGCAUUGCUCUCAUGUCUCAUCUGCAUCUGCCUCCCCCACACUGUCGGAGUCUUCCAGAUCGACUCAGAACUCUUCAGGAAACAGUAUUAAAGACUCACUUCCCACUUGCAAGAAAUUGCAAAGUUCUCAAAAUUCACUUGAUGAAAAAAUUAACUUGGAAGAGGUGGCUUCUACCAAGACAGGUGACAGCAGCUUACAGAAAUCUCCAAAGGAACACAAAGAUGCCAUAGACAGCAAGCAAACUUCUAGGUCAUCUUCCAGGGCUUCUAUCAAGUCUCCCAAAGAGGAUGGAGGCAGCAUAGUGAGGAAGGCUGAUGGUGAGGUGAUCCCAAGCAUCCUGAAGGAAGACCAGCAGAGUUGUGGUCUGGAUGUGGACAAGGACAGGGACAGCUGGGAGGCUGAAGAGGAUCUGAUCCGGAUGUUGGUAGAGAGUGAGAUUGCUGGAUCACAAGACUGAGACACAAGCUGAGUGUGUUGUGCCACUCAUAAAAGCCAAGAGUGACAGGUGAGGUGCCACAUAGAGAACCACAGAGGAAGAUGACUUGUGUUGGUCUCUGGUACACUUUUGUAUAUUUCAUUUGUUGCCAAUGGACAUUUUUAUGAGUUAGUUUGGUGUUGUGCUGCAAAGUUCUUUUAAACUUGCGGUGUAUGCAUUUCCAAAGUUUUAAUUGACUAGAUAUUUUAUGCAUUUUAUUGAUUUAUUUUCUAGGAAUUGAUUAUAUAGAAAUGUUUUAUGUAUUUAUUAUGGAUGUUGUGGAUAUUUAUUUUUGAUUUGACAUGGCCUCAAGGGCGUCAGUGGAAUGUUGACCGGCAUCUGUUCCAGUCAUACAGUCUGGUCAGAUGUGGGUCAUGAGAUGAGACUGUUUGGGGCAGCAGGGAUGUACUGUACCAGGUCUGCUGCCAGGAUCUGAUGCAGAAAGACCUGGCAUGGUGUGCUGCAUGUCAGACCACUGCACAGUGUGGUUGUGAGGAUUGGUCUCCUCUCUUUAGAGAUGAUGUGAGGGAAUGGCAGUGGAUGUGAUUGUGAUGGUGAAUGUUUGUGUGUAGGUACCUUGUCUGGCCUGUCCUCUUUUGCAGGGAGAGUCAGUUUGGUAUACAUGUAGAUUACUUAUCUUUUGUUUUGUAUAUAGUAGUUGUUAAUGUGUUGGAUAUUAUUACAGUGCAAAUCAUAAGUCUAAUUUGAAGUACAAGUCAUUUUCAUUUUAUGAAUUAUAUUUUUAAGCUCAAUGGAUGAAAGAAUUCUAUCAUGAGAAAUUAAAGUACUUUUAUUUAAUUGAGCUGCUUAGUAAGGAGUUAGUUAGAUAUUUAUGUGACCAUGGGGAGUGAUCUCAAGAUAAAAGUCUUGAAGAAAUCCAAAUAGAAACAAAAACUUGGAUAAAAGAUAUUUGAGGAUUUUAUAUGCAUUAGUUAGUUUAGUUAUAAAACUCUCAAGUCCAAGAUGUAUUUUUGGUGUAAAGAAAGGGUUGUGUUCUUGCAGUCACUUGUAUGCCAAGAGAAGCAGAGUCCCAAAGAAGCAAUGGUGAUGCAGGUGGGGGCAGCUCCAGAGGUUCUCAAGUGGAUGUAGAGUUAAAUGUUGAAUCACUUGAACCUCAUGCAUUUAGUGGCUGUAAGGUUUAUCAUACUGUUUCUGGGUAGUGGAUGCUUGCAAUUACUGCAUUACUGUCAGAUCUCAGGGGAUAGUCUUUUGCUGCAUAAUACUUAAAGUCACGACAUUUUUAGUACACUCUCUGAAUAUCUUGACUGAUGAUAUCACCAGAUAGAAAAUGUUCAGGGGAUGUAUUCCUGUACUGAGGAAAACAUCUUAUAUUCAUCAAUAUUUAAAGGGAAAGGAUAAAUUUUUUUCUCUUUUAACUGUUAACAAAGCUGUUUGUUAUCUAUAAGUUUCAAAAUUCAUCCAUGAUGAUACAGAGACACUGUGUAUCAAUGUGGUUCAGUUGCUAGAUUGCUCACAGUGAUGCCUGAAGCAUGUGCAUUCAAUAUAUCUUACAGUGGGAGAGGCAGUGCUCUCUGAUAAUCUUGAUAUUGUGAUGUUGCAGCAUCAUAAUUCAGUCCUGUGUUAAUUUCCAUGACAGUCAACAGUAUUGUGUUCAUAGCAGUAAGGAGCAGCAAGCAGUCUGCUUUAGAUACCAUACAUUGUUUACAUUUAAGGAGCAUUAAGUCAGUGUUAUAAGGUACAGGCCUAGUAAAUGAUUAGCUCUUAGCACUUUGGUAUGUAUUGAGUACAUUAUUUAUUGAUUAUUUAGGUAAGAAAUAAGAAACAUAAAAACCUGCUAAAUUAAUAAGGAUAAAAGGAAAAGUCUAACUUGUGUUGGUGAUAAGUGAAAGUGAAAGUGGCAUGUUGUGAACCAUUGAAGAUAGUUUUUCCUUGUCCAUGUGAUUGUGAUAACUAUUUCAUUCCCUCCCCCUUUGUACCUGAGAUUUAGUGAACAGUACAUUCCGUCCAUAUUGUUGUGUGGUGAAUAGAUGUUCAUUAGUAUUAUUGCCUCAUUCAUUCUUGUCCUGGUUUUUGAGAGAGAGAGAGAGAGAGAGAGAGAGAGAGAGAGAUUAGCAAAUUUCAGUUACAGUAAAAGUAUGUAUGCAUUUUAUGGCUUAUAGUAGUUAUGCAGGGAGAGAUAGUCAUAAGAUGUUUGAAGUAAGAGUUCUAAAUAUAUGUCUAACCUGUGUGAACCGAAUAUAUUUGUGUAGUGAUGAGCUAUGGAAUGAAGUGGUUCAUGAGA